CCCGCGCGCGCCGGCGGCCGGGCAGCCUCGCUCUGGCUCGCGUCGCGCCCCCGCGCCCAGUCCGCGCGUCAGUCGGUCCCUAGCGCGGCUGCGGGGUGGAGAGCUGCGACCGGCCCAGCGCGCCCACCUGAGGAGGCGGCGGGGUCCGCAGGCGUCGCGGGAGGAGGAGAUCGGAGCCGGGAUACUCGCGCAGCGCCAUGGCCCCCAUUGGCCUCAAAGCUGUGGUUGGAGAGAAGAUUAUGCACGAUGUGAUAAAGAAGGUUAAGAAGAAGGGGGAAUGGAAGGUGCUGGUGGUGGAUCAGUUAAGCAUGAGGAUGCUGUCCUCCUGCUGCAAGAUGACAGACAUCAUGACCGAGGGCAUAACAAUUGUGGAAGAUAUCAACAAGCGCAGAGAGCCACUCCCCAGCCUGGAGGCUGUGUAUCUCAUCACUCCAUCCGAGAAGUCCGUCCACUCUCUCAUCAGUGACUUUAAGGACCCACCGACUGCUAAAUACCGGGCCGCACACGUCUUCUUCACUGACUCUUGUCCAGAUGCCCUGUUUAAUGAACUGGUAAAAUCUCGAGCAGCCAAAGUCAUCAAAACUCUGACGGAAAUCAAUAUUGCAUUUCUCCCAUACGAAUCCCAGGUCUAUUCCUUGGACUCUGCUGACUCUUUCCAAAGCUUCUACAGUCCCCACAAGGCUCAGAUGAAGAAUCCUAUACUGGAGCGCCUGGCAGAGCAGAUCGCGACCCUGUGUGCCACCCUGAAGGAGUACCCGGCUGUGCGGUAUCGGGGGGAAUACAAGGACAAUGCCCUGCUGGCUCAGCUAAUCCAGGACAAGCUUGAUGCCUAUAAAGCUGAUGACCCAACAAUGGGGGAGGGCCCAGACAAGGCACGCUCCCAACUUCUGAUCCUGGAUCGAGGCUUUGACCCCAGCUCCCCUGUGCUCCACGAAUUGACUUUUCAGGCUAUGAGUUAUGAUCUGCUGCCUAUCGAAAAUGAUGUAUACAAGUACGAGACAAGCGGCAUUGGGGAGGCACGGGUGAAGGAGGUGCUCCUGGACGAGGACGACGACCUGUGGAUAGCACUGCGCCACAAGCACAUCGCAGAGGUGUCCCAGGAAGUCACCCGGUCUCUGAAAGAUUUUUCUUCUAGCAAGAGAAUGAAUACUGGAGAGAAGACCACCAUGCGGGACCUGUCCCAGAUGCUGAAGAAGAUGCCUCAGUACCAGAAAGAGCUCAGCAAGUACUCCACCCACCUGCACCUUGCUGAGGACUGUAUGAAGCAUUACCAAGGCACCGUAGACAAACUCUGCCGAGUGGAACAGGACCUGGCCAUGGGCACAGAUGCGGAGGGAGAGAAGAUCAAGGACCCUAUGCGAGCCAUCGUCCCCAUUCUGCUGGACGCCAAUGUCAGCACUUACGACAAAAUCCGCAUCAUCCUUCUCUACAUCUUUUUGAAGAAUGGCAUCACAGAGGAAAACCUGAACAAACUGAUCCAGCACGCCCAGAUUCCCCCAGAGGACAGUGAGAUCAUCACCAACAUGGCUCACCUCGGUGUGCCCAUCGUCACCGAUUCCACGCUGCGUCGCCGGAGCAAGCCGGAGCGGAAGGAGCGCAUCAGCGAGCAGACCUACCAGCUCUCACGGUGGACUCCUAUUAUCAAGGACAUCAUGGAGGACACUAUUGAGGACAAACUUGACACCAAGCACUACCCUUAUAUCUCUACCCGAUCCUCUGCCUCCUUCAGUACGACUGCCGUCAGCGCCCGCUAUGGGCACUGGCAUAAGAACAAGGCCCCAGGCGAGUACCGCAGUGGCCCCCGCCUCAUCAUUUUCAUCCUUGGGGGCGUGAGCCUGAAUGAGAUGCGCUGCGCCUACGAGGUGACCCAGGCCAACGGAAAGUGGGAGGUGCUGAUAGGUUCUACUCACAUUCUUACUCCCACCAAAUUUCUCAUGGACCUGAGACACCCCGACUUCAGGGAGUCCUCUAGGGUAUCUUUUGAGGAUCAGGCUCCAACAAUGGAGUGAGAGCCAAAGAAACAAAGAUCCACGCACAUCCUCACCCCACAGAAACUGCUGGACACGCUGAAGAAACUGAAUAAAACAGAUGAAGAAAUAAGCAGUUAAAAAAAUAAGUCGCCCCUCCAAACACGCCCCAUCCCACAGCGGUCCACAGCUUCCCACCACCGCCCGCCUCAGUUCUUUGCGUCCGUUGCCUCCCCAGCCCUGCACGCCCUGGCCGGCACUGUUGCCGCUGCGUUCUUGUGUUCAGUGAUGCCCUCUUCUUGUUUGAAACAAAAGAAAAUAAUGCAUUGUGUUUUUUUAAAAGAGUAUCUUACAUAUGUAUCCUGAAAGGAGAAGUUCAUGUGCAGCUGGUGUGCAGCAGGAGAAGUUUCUGGACUGUUAGGAUGAAUGGACGCCUCCUCCCCGUUAUUUAAGAUUUGUGACCUUGUACAUAACCCUGGGUGACAUGUGCACAUUGCUUGGGUAUGGAACGGUAGAAAUUUGGGUGUUUUUAAAACCUUGUUUGGGGUUGUUCCUGUCCUCGUUGAGAAUCAUAGAGAUAUCUGUGUUCUUGGAGUAUUUCACACUGAGGACUAAUCUGUUAUCUUCAUUCCAGUCUCUACCCCUCAGGGCCUGCUCUCAUCCAAAUAACCUGGGAGGUGACAAUCAGGACAUCUCAGGAGGUCCGAGGUGGAACAGACCUCUUUGCCUUUCCCAGUGUCUCAGGCCCCCAGUGGUGUGGCUAUGGGUGGAGGCUGGGGUGUCUGCACAAAGCCAGGCCAGCGUCCUCCUCCACAGCCCGUAACUGUCUCCUCCCCGGCCUGUGUCCACAGUGCUGGGAUCCUGAGGGAAGUCCUCCAGUCUGUCACAGUGCCCCGACAGGUGAGAAGCAAACUCCCGCUGGGAGCCUCCAUCUCUUUGGAAAAACAGUCCGGAGCCUGUGGCCCAGGCCCUUCUGUCCCCAGGCAUCACCCCAACAGCUCAUUUUCCCUAGUCAGCCUUCGUUCAAGGGUCAGGAAUGAACCAGAACAGAUGGGUUCUGGAGGUGCCUGAACAGAGGGCUAUGGCUGUGGAGAAGGUUCUUGGCCCAUUGGAUUCACACAGACCCUGUACCCUCUCGGCAAGAAUCUUCAGUCAGAUUAUCCUCAGUUUCAGAUACUUCGUAAUACCUUAUUUUGUGUCGUGUGGGGUCAUACGUCAUCAUGUUUGUAAGAGAAGAUGGUCAUUUUAUUCUCUGUAUAAAACUUAGCUCUAAAGCAGAAACUAAAGCAGCAAAUGCAGGAAAGGCUGUCUCGCCAUCCUCAAGACUCAGCAGCUCUCAUUCUCCAGUGGUGAGCACACCAUUUGUCCUGCUGCUGUUGUGAAAUAUAACAGUGGAAGUCACAAAAAUGUCCCCUGCCCAGCCCCCUCGCCGCCCUUGACCUCCUGCAAGCCAUGUGUGUAUUACUCGUCUAGUGAUGUCCUCGCAAAGUGCUGUACACGAGCUCGGCGCCGCCUCCACCUCCCUUCCAGAGCCUGCCCCCCGCCCUCUCCGCUCGCUGCAUUGUGGUGUUCUCUUCUCAAGGCUUUGAAAUCUCCCCUUGCACUGAGAUUAGUCGUCAGAUCUCUCCCCGUCUCCCUCCCAACUUAUACGACCUGAUUUCCUUAGGACAGAACCGCAGGCACCUGCUCCGGGUGUCGUACUCCCGCUGCUUGUUCUGUCCCCUCCCUCGGACCAAACAGUGCUCAUGCUUCAGGACCUUGUUUGUCAAAGAUGUUGGUUUCCCUUUCUCUGUUAUUUAUAUGAAAAUAAUUUAUCAAAAGGAUAUUUUAAAAAAACUAGUCUGUCUUGAAACUUGUUUACCCUAAAAUUAUCAGAAUCUCAGUGUUUGAAAGUAUUGAAGCACAAACAUAUAUCAUCUCUGUACCAUUCUGUACUAAAGCACUUGAGUCUAAUAAAGAAAUCAGCACCCCUUCCCGGUGUC